AUGUCCUCGCACCCCCUUUUCCUCCCGCACGCGCUUCCGUCCAGCCCUGCCGUCCGCUUAUUCUCCUCCACCACCCCGAGACUCGUGCCCGAGGCGCAAGAUGAUAGCAAAGCCCCUCCUUUCACGCCUCCCAUCACCGACACCACCUCCCCAGCCCCGGACGACGACGACCAGCCCCGAGCAGCAGCAGCACCGGCAGCGCUGACGCACCUCUCGGCCGCCGGCGCCGCGCACAUGGUCUCGAUCGCGCACAAGCAGCCCACCACGCGCACGGCGCGCGCCGUCUGCGCCGUGCACUUCUCGCACCCGGUGGCGCUGCGGCUGAUCCGCGAGAACGGGCACAAGAAGGGCGACGUGCUGGGCGUGGCGCGCGUCGCGGGCAUCAUGGCGGCCAAGCGGACGCCCGACAUCGUCCCGCUGUGCCACCCGAUCAUGCUGUCGCACGUCAGCGUCGAGCUGGAGCCCAGGGGACCGCCGGCGCUCGCGGAGGAGGGUCAUGCUGGUGGUGGUGUGUUGGACGUGUCUGCGACGGUGACGUGCGACGGCAAGACGGGCGUGGAGAUGGAGGCCCUGACGGCCGCGUCGGCGGCCGCGCUGACUGUCUAUGACAUGUGCAAGGCUGUUGACAAGGGCAUGCGGAUCGAGGGGUUGAGGGUUGUACUCAAGGAAGGGGGGAAGAGUGGUAGGUGGGUCGAGGGUAUGAAGACGGAGUGA